AUGCAGCUGGGGGAGCAGCUCCUGGGCGGUGCGCCUGCCCUGCCCGGCGCGCCCUUCUACCCGCUGGAGAGCGCCGCGGGCCGCGCCGGCCCCUCCGCGCGCCACCUGGGCCCCGCGUCGCCGCCGCGCCUCGACCUGGACAAGGCGGCCAAGAAGUUCGGCGGCGGCGGCGGGGGCGCCUCGGGCCUGCUGGGCGAGGGCGAGGCGGGCGAGGCGCCCUUCGCCGCCGCCGCCCAGGGGCCCGCCAAGGCCGGCCCGGAGGGGGGCCGCAAGAGCCCCGCCGAGGAGGAGGCGCUGCCGCCGGCGCGCUACCCGCUGGACGGCCUCAGCCCCGAGCGCUACUACCUGCCCUCGCCCGGCCCGCAGGGCGCCGCCGACGCGCUGGGCGGGCCCUGCGCCCUCUUCCCCUAUGCGGCGGCGGGCGGCGGCCAGGCCGGCUCCAUGUACCAGCCGGCCGGCGGGGCGCGCUACCCCUACGGCUCGGUGCUGUCCCCGCCGCCGGGCGGUUUCUCGGCGGCGGCGGGCCGGGCUCCCUUCGCGGCCGCCGGCGCCUACCAGUACGGGCAGGGCGCCCCUCCGGGCGGCCUCUACGGGCCCUACCCGGCGGCGGCGGCGGCGGCCGGCUCGUGCGGCGGGCUGGGCGGGCUGGCCCUGGGCGGCGGGCCGGGGGGCCUCCGCGCCCAGGUCUUCCUCUGCAACCGGCCGCUCUGGCUCAAGUUCCACCGGCACCAGACCGAGAUGAUCAUCACCAAGCAGGGCAGGCGGAUGUUUCCCUUCCUGAGCUUCAACAUUACUGGCCUCAAUCCCACAGCCCACUAUAACGUCUUUGUGGAAGUGGUGUUGGCGGAUCCUAACCAUUGGCGCUUCCAAGGGGGGAAAUGGGUGACUUGUGGCAAGGCAGACAACAACAUGCAAGGCAAUAAGGUUUAUGUUCAUCCUGAAUCUCCCAAUACUGGAGCCCACUGGAUGAGGCAGGAGAUCUCUUUUGGGAAACUGAAACUGACAAAUAACAAGGGAGCCAAUAAUAAUAAUACUCAGAUGAUAGUUCUGCAGUCACUGCACAAAUAUCAGCCUCGACUUCACAUUGUGGAAGUGACAGAAGAUGGUGUUGAAGAUAUUAAUGAUUCUUCUAAGACGCAGACAUUUAAUUUUCCUGAAACACAAUUCAUAGCAGUCACUGCCUAUCAGAACACUGAUAUCACACAGCUUAAAAUUGACCAUAAUCCUUUUGCAAAAGGUUUCCGGGACAACUAUGAUUCCAUGUACACAGCUUCAGAAAAUGACAGAUUAACUCCAUCUCCCACGGAUUCUCCUAGAUCCCACCAGAUUGUCCCAGGAGCCCGGUACAGCGUACAGCCCUUCUUCCAGGAACAAUUUGUCAACAACUUGCCACCCGCUAGAUUUUAUAAUGGGGAAAGAACUGUACCUCAAACAAAUGGCCUCCUCUCUCCUCAACAGAAUGAAGAGGUGGCCAACCCCCCACAGCGGUGGUUUGUCACACCAGUCCAACAGCCUGGAGCCAACAAACUCGACAUGAACGCUUAUGAGACUGACUACUCUGCUAGUACCCUUCUUCCAUAUGGCAUAAAAUCCCUCCCUCUUCAGACAUCCCAUGCCUUGGGCUACUAUCCUGAGCCAACUUUUUCCUCCAUGGCAGGAUGGGGAAGCAGAGGCUCUUAUCAGAGGAAAAUGUCUACUGGCUUACCGUGGACUUCCAGAGCAAGUCCUCCAAGUUUCUCGGAAGACCUGAUUUCCAAGGAGAAAGUGAAAGAAGAAAUGGGGUCAUCCUGGAUAGAGACGCCGCCGUCCAUAAAGUCUCUAGAUUCGAAUGAUUCGGGAGUCUACACCAGUGCUUGUAAAAGGAGACGACUCUCCCCAAGCACCUCAAGCAAUGAAAAUUCUCCAACUAUGAAGUGUGAGGAUAUUAAUGCAGAGGACUUUGGCAAAGACUCUUCAAAAGGCAUGGGUUAUUAUGCUUUCUACACUAGUUCUUAAGAGCUUUGAGGUCCGGACUUCAUGUAAAAAUGUGACUGGCUAUAUAUAUAUUUUUUCCAGUGGUGGUAUCAAGAUCUUUUGCAUAAAUGUUGCCAAAGGAACUUUAUUUCCCACCUUUAAAAUGUUUUUGUGCAAUUCUAUAGAAGGUGCCAAAGCUUUUUUGACUGACCUUUUGCAGGUAAAAAAAAGGGGGGGGAGAAGUAGGAUAGCACUCAAAACAAUUUGGGUCUCUCCUUCUCAAGGGAACUGGAUAGUCUGUAAGCACAUUCUUGAUAUUUUCGGGGAGGCUACAUUAAAGAAGUAUGGUUUUGACUAGUUAGCAAUUGCUUUGUACAACCAAGAUUUUUUUUGAAGUUCCCUAAGUGAAGGAAAACAGGUUGCUUCAUUCUAAUCAUUCCCUAAUAUUGUUACUGCAGCUCAGUAGCCGAGAAUGGAGAUUUACCUAACGAAGGAAUCAUCCAUGAAAUGUGCAAGGACUAGAUUAAUGGUCUUAUGAUUUAAGCUUUCUUGAUCUUUCCACAGAAGACUUACUGUCUUGGCAGAAAAGUUAUGGCAGUGAACAAAUCUUUAAAGGUUACAAAAAGUACAAUAUUUAAAAUGUACAUCUGUGUGUUGUCCAGGUCCACUGUAAAAUGACAACCUUCUGUACAUAGUUUUAGUCAUAACAGUGCUGUUGGGUGUCGGAAGCAGGUCUGAAUUCAUUUCAACAAUUUAUGAUUGGACAGUGGAUGCCGAGAGCACCAAAAAUAUAUAUUUAUUGGUAUGUAGUGGUGAACCUAUUUUUCGGCUAUUCUGUUCUGAAAUGAAAGUGCUUGUAAACUCCUGUUGCUCAGUAUGUAAAUAAUUUUACAGAUGAUCA